AUGGACAAACGAAAACAUCGACUCUAUUUAAAAUCAACUUGUCUAUUCACCUGUAAUUCUUGUCACACACAUUUACUAGAACAAAACGCUAUUAUAUCCAGAAACUUUCAGGGUCGUAACGGUCCUGCCUAUCUUGUAAAUCAAGUUGUAAAUAUAUCAAUUGGUACAAAAGAAGAGCGUAUGUUAUUGACAGGAAUUCAUACAGUAGCUGAUAUCACAUGCAAUCAAUGCCAUAUAAAAUUGGGUUGGAAGUAUCUACGUGCGCUUGAAGAGCCUCAGAAAUACAAAGAAGGGAAAUAUAUUGUUGAAAGAUCAAAGAUUGUAAAGGAAGUCGAUUGGGAUGAACAAGAUGAUUAUUUUAUUUGA